CCUUAUUGAACACGGUUUAUUAUUGAGCAAAAAAUCUUUUAACAAAAGCUAUCUGCAAUCAAUAGUACAACCAAGGAUUAAAUCGGAUUAUCAAUUUGUUUUUCGUGUGGUAAAUAUUUUUUUCAAUGCAGUUCACUCUGCAGUAACAAACUUGACCGGUGCUAAAUUGUAGAUAAAGUGUUGCUUACGUAAUCGAUGCACAAUUGAUUAAAUAUUACUAUUUGCAUUUAUAUUGUAAACAACUUAUCAAUAAAAAAGAUUUGGAUAUAUUAUUUUCACAGUUGUUAAGGGACAUGUUUAUUGAAAGAUUGCCGAAUCUGACAUUGUAUGACAACAAAAUCAGAAGAAUACAACGUCGGGGAUGACGGGAACAAAUUCACAGCAUAUUAAUGGACAUUUAAAGAUCUUUCAUCAGAGUUUCGGAUCCGUGACUUCGAUCAACUAGACCAGUAGUUGAAAAGAUUCACAGGUUUAUAGCUAGUUCAUGGUUUUGUGGUCAUAUUGAUAAGUUUUAAAUCUAACAUGUAUGUGUCUUACAUGGUAUAACGUAACAACGUCAAUUAUACAAACAAAAAAAUAUUAUUCUAUUGUGAAGUAUACCUUAUAAUGGUAUUAAUAAGGAGACAAAAGAAGUCUGUUAAAGUCGUCUAAGUCUGAAAAGAGGAUUAAUUUAAUUUAUUGUAUUUUUCGUCUUAAAUACUCCAAAUGUCGACACAAAAACUAGGAUCUGUUACGUUACCGCCAAUCAAUUCAGUCCGUAAUAAUGGCGGGACCAGCCCCGGUCUUAUGAAUGGUGUAUUCACAAAUAGAUCUAAUGCACAACAGUUACUCUACCGUAGUGUACCAGCUAAGAACUCGGGUGAAUCGUUCUCUGAUUUGCUAAGUAGUUCAUCUAUGGGAAAAUACGGAAGACAACAUUUAGUUUCAUCUAAUUCUCCAAUGGAAUAUGCCGAACGUUUUAAAGCACGACCUAUGACCAAACCUACACUAGUCGAAUUUGCUACAAAGGAACUUGACAAAGUGAAACGAAGUUCUAAAUCGAUGAGGACGACGAGAAGACAGAUCGAAGGAUUCUUUCCACCAAUGAAAUUAAGAAAGAAUGGAAAACCACUCACACCUGAUAUGAUGGAUACUCAAAUGGCAACAAAAAUGGAACUUGCACCGACAGCGUAUUCAGACAUUAGAUCAAAAUCGGAGAGAGGAUUUAUGGCUAAUUCUCCAUUCAUACGGAGAACUCCAGACUCAUUCCGGACAAUGCACACAUUCCCAGAAAACAAUAUAGUUUAUCCCAGUGUUAUUUCUGAACAGGAUGGCGAAUACGACGAUCUAAGUAUGUUACCACCGCCUAAAAAAAUACUACCUAAACGAGAACUCCCGUGGGUGUUCCGAUAUAAGGUAAAAAGAAACAUGAACGAACUCGCCAAGAUAAUGGCUAGCAAACCCCCAUCAAUACCAACAACGGAGUCUCCUUCUUGAAACGGAAUGUCUUUAAUAUUCGAAGUAUAAACUAAACUUAGUGCUAAUUAUUGCAUUAAGAUUAACAGAUUAUUUCAGAUGAGCGGUUUUGUUAUAAUCGCUUAAUCAUCGUUGGAAUAUAAUUGUUUACAAAAAAUUAGUAUACAAUUAUAAUCCAAUUACAUCUAACAGUCUGUGAUCUAUACCAUAUUGUGCUUUAAUAUAUAAUAAUGACCGACAGAUCUUGUCGUAUGACGGAAUUACACCUUUGUUGUUAUAGAUUAUGAUAGCUCAAAAACAUGUAUUUAUUAAUUGUUCUUUACAUAUAAAAGGAUUUAUCUAUAA